AUGCAAUUUAUUAAAGAGCAUUCCGAUCUACCACCGCCUCGAGUUUUUGCUUAUGAAGUCAACGAUAACAAUCCGGUGGGCACUGCUUUUAUACUUAUGGAACUACUACCUGGUAGUGUGGCUAUGGAUGCCCUGGGUGGCUACGAGGUCCAUCGCGGUGUGAUUCCUAGAGAAUACCGGCAAAACUUUUACCGCUCUGUCGCGAAGUGUCAUGUUCAGUUAACAUCAUUACGUCUCCCAAAAAUUGGGACGAUUGUCCGGAACCGCGAUGGUGGAUACGAGUGUGGCCCCUUACCAGGCAUUGGCGGACCGUUCGACUCCGCAACUGCUUUUUUCGAGGCAUGGGCAGACAACGUCAACUUCAAGUGGGAUAAAGAAACAAUCAUAGACAUGAUGCAGCGAAGUCCGUUCCCAGCAGAAAAGAUGGUUGAGAUCAUCGAGAACUUCCCAUCGCAGAUCAAAGCAUUGGCUAGCCGACUAUCCUUGUGCAACGAAGGACCAUUCCCUCUGGACCAUGAUGAUUUCCUCCAUAGUAACAUCAUGGUGGACGAGGAUAACUUCGAUGUGACGGGAAUUAUAGAUUGGGAAGGGGCAUGUACCGUUCCCUGGGAGCUCAUCGCAUUCCCAGAUUUCCUUACAGCCAUGCCGGUGUCCUUCGAUCUGCCUCAGAAAUAUGAUCGGCAUGGGCAGCCGUUGGAUGGUGAAAUACAAGAAGUCUGGCGCGAGCGAGGAGACUAUAUCGAAAUGGUAAAGUCAAUAGAGCAUGCGGAUAGCCUGCUCUCGACUUGCCUGAGCAGCAAGAAGAUCCAGGCUAUAGCUUAUUCGUAUGGGGCGUAUACUAGUGUUGGAAAGUUGGGUUUUUAUGAUCGAGUUAUAAAAGAAUUACACAUGCAGGAAUAA